UCGUAACACAGUGAGCGCUGUGUUCGUCAAACAAACUGAAAUAGCUACAUGGUAGUUAGAAUGUUACCACUAGCUGCAGACAUACAGUAAGUAAUAUAAAACGGCAAUGUGUACUAAAUCUAUUCGGUAGUAAGUGGCUGUAAUUGAUAGGAAAAGUCCAAUUUAACAGUUAAAUAUGUAUCGUGGACGGCCUCCACCUCGAGGAGGGUAUCCGCCGCCGUACGAGGGCCGUGGCCCACCGCCCCGUGGUCUUACGCCUGGCAGGCCGUAUCCUCGGCCUCCGUUUAGAGAAGAACGAGGAAGGCCCAGACCGCCGUUUGAGGGUUACCAUGACGGACCACCUCCAGAUCCAUACAGACGUUCUCCACCGCGCAGGAGGUAUACUUCAGCUGGUUCGGGAAGUCGCAGAGGACCAGGUGGUGAAUACUGGGGCAGCGGCCCUCCCCAAAGAGAAAGAUCUCCAUCUCCCCGUGGUGGCAUCCCCACUGACCACAGUCUAGUAAUCACUGUGGGCAAUGAGUUGACUGGACCACCUGGGGUAGGGCUACCCUCAAGAGACUACCCUCCUUACCUGCCAAAGAGGUCCAGUUAUGACGGCCCUGAUGACCGUGGCCCCAGGAGGCAGAGUCCCUGCAGGGGGAGAAGCCGUCCUCGUAGCCGCAGCCCGGGCUUCGGGGGACGGAGCAAGAGCCGUCCUCGUAGCCGCAGCCCGGGCUUCGGGGGACGGAGCAAGAGCCGUCCUCGUAGCCGCAGCCCGGGUUUCGGGGGACGGAGCAAGAGCCGUCCUCGUAGCCGCAGCCCGGGAAUCGGGGGACGGAGCAAGAGCCGUCCUCGUAGCCGCAGCCCGGGAAUCGGGGGACGGAGCAAGAGCCGUCCUCGUAGCCGCAGCCCGGGAAUCGGGGGACGGAGCAAGAGCCGUCCUCGUAGCCGCAGCCCGGGAAUCGGGGGACGGAGCAAGAGCCGUCCUCGUAGCCGCAGCCCGGGAAUCGGGGGACGGAGUAAGAGCCGUCCUCGAAGUCGCAGCCCUGCAAUGGGGGGACGGAGCAAAAGCCGCGCUCGAAGCCGCAGUCCUGAAAUGGGGGGACGGAGCAAAAGCCGUGUCCGAAGUCGCAGCCCUGAAAUGAAGGGACGAAGCAAAAGCCGGGCCCGAAGCCGCAGUCCUGAAAUGGGGGGACGAAGCAAAAGCCGGGCCCGAAGCAAAAGCCCUGAAAUGGGGGGACGGAGCAAGAGUCGUGGAAGGAGCAAGAGCCGUCCGCCAAGCAGGUCCCGAAGCAGGAGUGGGAGUCAUGGCCAGAGCUAUGGACGGGCCCGCAGUAUGAGCAGAGCCAAGACUGCUGGUCAACGCAGGAGCCGCAGUGUCAGUACUAGCAGCACCAGCAGUAGCAGGAGCAGCAGGGGAGGUGAUAAUAACUUAAAGAAGACGAGUGGGUUCAAGGAGCUGGAGUUGGCCCGUCGCCGCAAAGAGAUGGAAGACAUGCUGAAUAUUCCUACAAAGUCCAUCCUGAAGAGGCGCAUGGACUCUGAGACUGACUCCCCGUCAUAUGUGCAGAACAGUGAUUCUCCAAGAGUUGACCCUGCUGGUGAGGCUGAGGCAGAGCGUCUUCUCUCGGCUAUGAAAGGCAUGGACCCUAUCAUGUUGGCCACAAUGCUGGGGGAGCUGAGGGAUGACCCACACAUGUCCCAGGGUAGGCUGGACCACAGUGGGAUUGCAGGGAUCCUUGACCUGUUGGGAGGUGCACCUGCACCGCAGGAGGAGAAAAGGAAGAGGGUACCAGACAUUGACGAUGAGGAGAAGUUCCUUUAUGGAGAUGAAGAUGAUGUAGAGCGGGGCAGGGCUCCAGCAGAAGCUCCCCGUCAGCACAGUCUGUCAGAGCUCUAUGGUGAUAUUAUGAGUGAGCCGGCACGCUAUGGCACCUCACCGCACCUAGAGAGCCAUCCUGGUAUUGUAGAUCCGAGAAGCUCUCGUCAGCAACAGAUGGACAUGAGGUAUCGACAUCAAAGCAGGUCCUCUGCCAUCCCUGACCAUAAUAUCAAGGUUGAAGAGCCUAAUGACUACCCACCAGGAACAGGGCCACUGGAAGGGAAGGAGAAGCAAGACGUGGAGGAGUACGAGAAGAUCCAGGACCUCCUCAAAACCAUCGGGCUGGACCUGGGGGUGACAGAGAUCAGCAAGAUGGCUGCCAGGACUCAGGAGCGUCUGCAUGGAAAGAGGCCCCCUCCGAAAACCCCCUCACGUCGACCUGGCAAGAGGCGGGAUUGCCGUGACUCUUCAGGAAGCUCAGACAGGAGCAGGGGCAGGCGUAGGAGCUGCAGUGGGAGCAGCUCUAGCAGUCGUAGCGACAACCACAGCCCGAGCCGUAGUAGCAGCCGUGAUAACAGCAGGAGCCGGAAGAAGUCACCCCCAUCUGACAGGCACAGCACCCAUGGGAAGACUCGAGGCGGCAGAGAGGUGAGGACUGAGGACAGUAGCUGGGGGCAGAAGGCUUCACAAGCCCCUGAAACUACUCCAGUGCCACCUACCCACCCAUCUCUCUCCAUGCCUGCCUACGCCCAGGCGCAUGGUCUGGUACCACCCAACUAUCCACCUCCUGGCUAUGGGCAGUAUGGGAACUGGCCUUACAUGCCCCAACAGUGGCCCAUGUACCCACCUCCAUCUAUGGGCAUGCCACCUCAAUCUCCUAUUGAAGAUUUUCCGAAAGCUCCGCCUUUUGACAGACCAUACCUUAAAGUUAUCCAGCCAGAGUUGCACCAGGGGGGUGAUAGAAAGGCAUCAUCCAAUAUGUCCCCUCUAGAUAAUGGCAAGGACAGAAGGGUUUUAGAGGAGCGAAAUAAUGAAAGCCAAAAACAAAAGGUUCUUGAAGAACGGGAAAAACUGAGACGAGACAGAGAGAUCCGCAUGAAAAAGAAAGAUUAUCUCAUGAAGGAACUAGAGAGAUUGCGGAAACAGCAAGGGGAGCUUCUGCGCAAAAAGCGGCGUGAAAAGGAUGGCCACAAGGACCCGUUACUGUCUGAGAUCAGUCGGCUGCAGGAAGAGGUCAUGACUCAGAUUGCUGAGCUCCGCAAAGAGCACGAGGUAGCAGAGAAGAAAAGAUCCGAGCUUGACAAGGUGGCUCUCAUUCUCGGUCUACAACCAAAUGACAAGCCCCGGCGAGAGGGUAGGGGUUCUGCGGACCUUGAGCCGUCAACACACCCACCACCUCCAGAGAAAGAGAAGAAAAAGGAGCGUGCUCACAUCCGAGAGAAAUCACCUGUGGCCCAUGCCUCUGCUAAGGCAGCAUCGUCAUCCUCAAGAGCCUCUCCUGAAAAAACGAAGAAGAAAGCCCCCGCCAGUACCCAGCCUCCUGAGACUCCAGCAGACCAGUUUGAAUACUAUGACGCUGGGAACCACUGGUGCAAAAGCUGCAAUGUCACCUGUGGUUCCAUGUUCGAUUUUUUCACGCACUUGCACAGCAAAUCGCACCGAAAGACUCAGGAUCCUUACAAUCGACCGUGGGCUUCAAGUUCCUCCAACAAUGUGAAGAAUAAGAUUCACUCUUCAGGAGAGAAAAUGACUAAACCUGCUAAAGGAUCUGAGUUUUUGGUGCCAGUGAGGGGAUAUUAUUGCCAGCUGUGCGAGGAGUUUUGCGGGGAUGCAAUUUGCGCUGAAGAUCAUGCCACAAGUCAAACUCACAAUGAGAAAUACAAGAAACGAAUGUAUGAGUAUCCGCUCUACGAACAGAGAAGGAAUCUGGAUCGUCAGGCUGGACUCACGUUGGAAGUUAGUGACAAAAAGCACUCUGAGCUUAAACGUAAACACGAAGAGGAAGAGUCCAAAAAGAGCAAAGAGAAGGAGGAAGGGAAACCUAAACGCAGCAAAAAGGACAAGGAAAAGGAGGAGGAGAAGUCCAAACACAAAAGGGAGGAUGAGGUGGAGAGAGUUAAGUACAGCAAAAAUGAGGAAGAAGAGAGGUAUUUGUACCGCAAGAGAGAGGAGGAGGAGCGGUACAAACAUGGUAAGGAGGGAGGAGAGAGGCCCAAGUACAGUAAGAAGGAGGAGGACGAGAGAUACAAGCAUGGCAAUGAGGAGGAGCGGUUCAAAAAUCGCAGGGAAGAGGAGGAGUGGUUUAAAAAUCGCCAGGAAGAGGAAGAGCGGCUCAAAAACCGUAGAGAGGAUGAAGACAAGCCUAGGUUUAGCAGGGUAGAGGAGAGACCCAAGUUUAGUUGGAGGGAUAAUGAGCAGGAGGAAGAGGAAGACCGGUCCAGAUAUGGGAAGUGGAAAGAGCCCAAUCCCAAAUGUAGCAAGAAAGAGGAGGAGAGGUAUAGAUCAGAGAGGGAGGAAGGGAAACCUAAGAAUGAAAAGGAGGAAAGACAAUCAAGGAAAGAGAAGGGUGGGUGUCAAAGGGAGGAGAAGUCAGGAUCUAGAAAGCAGUCUGAGCCUGAGAAAGCCAGUGACCCUCCCAAAGUGUUCUGUGGUCCUAAUCCAGCAUUGAGAGCAAAGCUGCGCAAGAAAAGUGAGGAAACUGCCAAAGUGGAGCCAAAGGCUCCAUCUGCCUUCGGUAAGUUCAGCUGGAAAAAAAAAUUAGAGAAUGAGCUUGCGAAGGAGGCUGAGAGAGUGGCUGUUGAGUUCCUGAAGGAAGAUGAGGAGGAGAUUGAAGAGGAUGACGACCCAGAUGCAUUUACAAAGUCUUUGGCCGCAGCCAAGAGCAUUGCUAUCAAACUGUCAGGGAAGACGGUCAUCUCCCCAACUAGCGCAUGGGUACCCUUCAACUCUGGGAAAAUACGCCCAAACCUCCCUGCUCCUCCCACGGUCCUGAGAAAGCCCUCUGGACUUGGGCCCUGGGUGUAUGCUAAACCGGCCCCUCUCAACACCUUUCUCUCUAUCAGACCACCCGGUGACAGUGGCGUGACCCCUCUGCCUGUCGUACAGAACCAGCCUAAAAAUGACCCAGUACUGGCAGCAGACAUAAUUUCCAAGGCUUUCUGUGGUGAGGAAGUGGAUUUGAAGAAGUCAGCAGAUGGCACUGGGAAGCCAGGUCCCACAUCUACACCAGACAAAAAGAAAGCUUCCACAGCAGAGUCUUUUAGUCAAGCCUCCACAUCCACUCCUUCAGCAGUGAUGCCCGAGUUCAAGACUCCCCUGCCUCCCCUGACCAUGAUGACCAUGAUGUUUGAUGUAUCUGCACCAGGAGUCCCUGAGAGUGAGCAGAAUGUCCCUGUGAUGGUCACACCCCCUCCUUUCAUGCAGAGACCCCCAAGUGAGGUGAUGAACAAAUCAGAAAAACCAAAGUCUAAUCUAGCUGCCGCUAAAGCCCAAGAUUUAUUUGACAUAUUCUAUAGCAGCAUUACCACAGCCAGUACCACAUCCAUCACCAGCACAGCCACUAAAGCAGUUGUAGAGUCCAAAGGUGAAACAAAUGACUCAAAGAACAGCGAAGCCUUGGCGACUACGGCCUCACAAAUGAAGCAAACCCAACCCGAGCUCCCAGCUCUUGACAACGGUAACACCAUUGAAACUGAAACUCAGGAGUCAGAGACUGAGAGUGGGUUUGACCCACAGGCCACUAAAGCAGUCGUAGAGUCCAAAGCUGCACUGAAUUACUCAAAGAACGGUGAAGCCUUGGAGGCUACGGCCCCAAAAACAGAGCAAACCCAACCGGAGUUCCCAGCUCUUGACAACAGUAACACAGUUGAAACCGACACUCAGGAAUCAAUAAAGAUGGAGAGUGGGUUUGACCCGCAGGCCACUAAAGCAGUGGCAGAGUCCAAAGCUACACCGAAUGACUCAAAUAACAGCGAAGCCUUGGAGGCUACGGCCCCACAAACAGAGCAAACCCAACCCGAGUUCACAGCUCUUGACAACAGUAACACCAUUGAAACCAACACUCAGGAGUCAAUGGACACUGAGAGUGGGUUUGACCCGCAGGCCACUAAAGCAGUCGUAGAGUCCAAAGCUGCCCUGGAUGACUCAAAUAACAGCGAAGCCUUGGAGACUACGGCCCCACAAACAGAGCAAACCCAACCCGAGUUCACAGCUCUUGACAACAGUAACACCAUUGAAACCAACACUCAGGAGUCAAUGGAGACUGAGAGUGGGUCUGACCCGCAGCCCAAGGAAGAGACUCCUGAGGAUGCCCCCGUACAACUGGAUAACCCAUCAGAUUCUCUGGGUAUCUCAACAGAGACCCUGGAUCUCCCAACAGAAGUGCUGGGCUUAGACCUCUUUGAUUUUAAUCUUGAGUAACAGACUCCACUAGACAGCAGGCCGUUGGGAAUCUGUGUUUUUAAGUAGUUGAUGGGAUUAGACGGGAACAAGUAGUAACCCACACAAAUACUGCUGAUUCGGAAACUAAGCCCUGUUAACUUGAUGGCCCAAGCAGGCAGCUCAAAUUUGAAUGGAGUGAAACUUCCACUAAAAGACUUGACUUUCAUAUUAAGUGAUGAAUCUUCAGAACUUUAGAAGCUUGUUCUGCAAGCCUUUUGUCUUGAGAAUUUUACUUCUUCGUUCAGCAAAACCUUUCUUUACUUCUUAAAAGGUAAUGUACUGUACCAUGCUUAUUGAUUACUAUGGCUUUUGGUAUAUCCACCUUCAGACUCUUCAGAAAUGUGUUAUUUUCUCUUAAAUGAUUGAAAGGUAUUUUAAUACAGGAACAAGAACUCACGUUUAAGAAGAAAACAGAAUUUGGUAAGGUAGUGCAGCAUGGACCAAAAGAUAUCUGAACAUGGCUUUCUUUGACAAUUACACCAUGUAAUAUCUGUCACUCUUUACAGCACCCUCCAGAAAAGAAGAUGUGGAUAUAGAUACUCAUGAACAUAACCUUGGAAUUGUUGUUCUUUUUUUUUUUUUACUUUUUCAUUUGUUCACUGACUUUACAAUGCUCAAUGUUAUUCUGUGUUAGUUAGUGAAAAUUAAAAUAAAAAAAAUGGUUGUCCUUUACCUGUUGUUGCUAAAGUAGAGUUCAAAUAAAUUUCAGUGACCACAA